UUCCCACCCUUAGCCACUUAGUCAGUCAGCCUGCCCGCGCUCCCUCGGCCCCCCCUCCUCUGCGCUUUUAAUAAAAAGCCACCUCUUCCAUUUUCCCACGCACCCUCUUCCUCCCGACACAUAUCCACCCUCCCGUCUUUUCUUUCCCUUAAUACCCAUCCUUUUAUUCUGCUCAUCCUGCAAGCAGUUGUGGUCUCGUCGACGACAACGAUCAGCAGCAGCCCGAGCAUUUCCUGCACUCGGUCUUGGACAUCUAGACUCGAGGCCCGGAUCCCCUUUGGUUAGACCCGACCUGAAGACCUCGAUAGAGCAGCAGGAUUCGACCUCCAUCGACUCUCUUGCUGUGGGUUUUCAGUCUCCCUCCGACCUUCCCUCCGACACGAGCCUGCCUCUAUCUUGAAUAGAGCAUACACCCGGUCCGACACACCUCACGGCCUGUCGACAGUCUCUACAAUCCUCCCAUUUUCCCGCACAUUUUACACCGGAAAAAUACACAAAAAUGGCUUCCAAGGAGAACGCCCAGAGCAUCAAGGUGCUCGACGAGCUCAUGUCCAAGCUCAACAUCUCCAAGGAUGCUGCUGAGAUCAAGGGCUCCGCCCUCGAGCUGGCCUCUUUCAUCAACGGCCCCAUCCAGGACUUCGAUGUUCCUAUCAAGACCAUCGAAGGCCUGAAGAAGCAGCUCGGCAACAAGAAGGAUGCCGCUGCCCGCGAGAGGGCUCUCAACGCCAUCGAGACCAUCGCCCGCCACUCCGAGGUCUCCGCACAUGUCGAGCCUUUCCUCGUCGCCCUCCUGCCCGGCGUCCUGGCCAGCGCCGGUGACAAGAUCACCGCCGUCAAGACCGCUGCCUUCUCCGCCGGUCUGGCCAUCGCUGAGGCCAUCAACCCCAACGCCAUCAAGAACCUCAUCCAGCCCCUGAACGAGUCUCUCCGAAAUGCCCAGAAGUGGCAAGAGAAGAUGCUCGACCUCGACAUCCUCGACAAGCUCGUCGAGACCGCCUCCGUCCAGACCACCUUCCGUGUCCCUGACCUGCUGCCCGUCAUUUCCGAGGCCAUGUGGGACACCAAGAAGGAGGUCAAGGAGCGUGCCUACAAGGCCAUGGAGAAGCUCUGCACCCUCAUCUCCAACAAGGAUAUCGAGAAGUUCAUUCCCGAGCUCAUCAAGUGUAUCGCCAAGCCAGAGAACGUCCCCGAGACCGUUCACCUGCUCGGUGCCACUACCUUCGUCACCCAGGUCGAGCAGCCCACCCUCGCCCUCAUGGUUCCUCUUCUGGACCGUGGUCUGGCCGAGCGUGAGACUGCCAUCAAGCGAAAGUCUGCCGUCAUUGUUGACAACAUGUGCAAGCUUGUCGACGACCCCAACAUCGUCAACCCCUUCUUGCCUAAGAUGUGGCCUGCUCUGAACAAGAACUACGACAACCUGGCUGACCCCGAGGCCCGUGGCAAGACCAAGCAGGCUCUCGACACCCUUGCCCGUGUCGGUAACAUCCAGAACGGCGUGAUCCCUGAGCCUACGCACCACAGUGAGAUCAAGAUUGUCCUGGGUCACCUCAAGAGCGUCCUGUCCGCCAAGCACAAGAACGUCACCGAGGACAAGUUCGCCCCUGUCCUCGAGCACAUCUCCGCCAUUGCCGGCGAGCUGAUCGACGAGAAGGACAACGACGCCAGGUCGUGGGUUGACAAGCUCAAGACCUACGUCGCUGUGCUCGUUGGCGAUGACAACGCUGAUGCCGUCAUUGAGACUCUCCGCCAGAAGGCCUCGCCCGAGGCCGCUGCCGGUGGUGACCGCCCCGAGGACGAGGACGACGAGAACCCCGACCUCUGCGAGUGUGAGUUCUCGCUCGCUUACGGUGCCAAGAUCCUGCUCAACAACACCCGCAUCCGCCUCAAGCGUGGCCGUCGUUACGGUCUUUGCGGCCCCAACGGUGCCGGAAAGUCCACCCUCAUGCGUGCUAUCAACAACGAGCAAGUCGAGGGUUUCCCCAAGCAGAGCGAGGUCAAGACCGUGUUCGUUGAGCACGACCUCGACGCUGCUGACACUGAGAUGACCACCAUCGAGUGGACCAUGAAGAAGCUGGAGGAGGCCAAGGUCUCUGCCACCGAGGCCGAUGUCCGUGCCCGUCUCAACGAGUUCGGCUUCACCGACUACAUGAUCAACGGUCUCAUCACCUCCCUCUCUGGUGGUUGGAAGAUGAAGCUCGCUCUGUGCCGUGCUGUCUUCGAGAACCCCGAUAUCCUGCUGCUCGACGAGCCUACCAACCACUUGGACGUGAAGAACGUCAAGUGGCUCGAGGAGUACCUGGAGAACUCCCCUUGCACUUCCAUCAUCGUGUCUCACGACUCGGGCUUCCUCAACCGCAUCUGCCAGUACGUCAUCAACUACGAGCGCUUCAAGCUCAAGACCUACAAGGGUAACCUGGAGGAGUUCGUCCGCAAGAACCCCGCCGCCAAGUCCUACUUCGAGCUCGGUGCUUCCGAGAUGGAGUUCACCUUCCCCGAGCCUGGUUUCCUCGAGGGUGUCAAGACCAAGGCCAAGGCUAUCCUGCGUGCCAACAAGAUGUCCUUCCAGUACCCUGGCACCAGCAAGCCCCAGAUCACCGACAUCACCUUCCAGUGCUCUCUCGGCUCGCGUAUUGCUGUCAUCGGCCCCAACGGUGCUGGCAAGUCCACUGUCAUCAACGUCCUGACCGGUGAACUGAUCCCCACCUCUGGUGAGAUUUGGGCUCACGAGAACAUCCGUAUUGCCUACAUUAAGCAGCACGCUUUCGCCCACAUCGACAACCACCUGGAGAAGACUCCCUCCGAGUACAUCCAGUGGCGUUUCCAGACUGGUGAGGAUCGUGAGACCAUGGACCGUGCCAACAAGGUCAUCACCGAGGAUGACGAGCAGGCCGCCAGGAAGAUCUUCCGUAUCAAUGGUACCCAGCGUCGCAUCAUCGGCAUCCACUCCCGCAGAAAGCUCAAGAACUCUUACGAGUACGAGUGCUCCUUCGCCCUGGUUGAGAACGCCGGCCAGAAGAACGAGCGUGAGGUGCCCAUGAUGACUGCCGACAACGAGUGGCUGCCCCGUACCGAGCUGCUGGCUUCUCACCAGAAGCUGGUUGCUGAGGUCGACAUGAAGGAGGCCCUCGCCUCCGGUCAGUUCCGUCCUCUGGUCCGAAAGGAGAUUGAGGCUCACUGUGAGAACUUCGGUCUUGACGCUGAGCUGGUUUCCCACUCUCGUAUGAAGGGUCUGUCCGGUGGUCAGCGUGUCAAGGUCGUCCUGGCUGCUUGCUCUUGGCAGCGACCUCACCUGAUCGUCCUCGACGAGCCCACCAACUACCUUGACCGUGACUCUCUCGGUGCCCUGUCCAAGGCCAUCAAGAAGUUCGAGGGUGGUGUCAUUAUCAUUACCCACAACUCCGAGUUCACCCAGGACCUGACUGAGGAAGUCUGGGCUGUCAUGGACGGCAAGAUGACUCCUUCCGGUCACAACUGGGUCCAGGGUCAGGGCUCUGGCCCCAGGCUGGACAAGAAGGACGAUGAUGAGGAGGACAAGUUCGACGCCAUGGGCAACAAGAUCGUGUCCACCAAGAAGAAGGCCAAGCUGACUUCCAGCGAGGCACGAAAGAAGAAGAAGGAGCGUAUGGCUCGUCGCAAGAGGGGUGAGGAGGUCUUCUCUGACGAGGAUGACAUCUAAACCACCUUGAGCGUCCUUGAAUGAUUUGAGAAAGAAAAGAAAAAAGUUCCGGGAAUUGUGGGGCUUCGGCGUUCAUUUGGGUCUGGCUUAGAGCAUUCAUUGUCUAUUUCUACGAAUUAUGUGGCCCGGAAGGUUCAACACGCAAGCAGCUUUUCUAAUCCCGUCAUAGAGAUAGACACAGGAUCUACAACGUCUUUUUACUCGGGGAAUGGAGGCCCCAGAGGAGGAGGCUUACAGGUCUGCGUGGUUUGUUGAGGAUGUUGGCUGGAAGGGAAAGUCCAACGCGUGCGCAGUAGAACCAGAUACCAGUAGAUGAAAUAGAAGGGCCAAUAGACGAGAUAUGAAAGAGUUGUCGAACC